AUAUAGACAAUUUGAGUACGUGUAAUAUUUUUGUAGCCAUUUAUUAUAUUUUAUUCUAUGCAUAUAUGUCACAACAAUGUAUUUUAUUCUUGUUCACUAUGUACGCGCGUACAUUAUUAAUAAUCUAGUAAAGUUUAUACAAAUUUAAAAAAAAACUUAGGGUUAAUUAUUAAUCGAGAAUUUUUCUAUACACCAAUUUGUAUAAUCCAUUAUUAUUAAUAUUAUUAUUAUUAUUAUUAUUAUUAUUAUUAUUAUUCUAAUAAUUAUAGAUGUUAUAUUAUACACAUAGUGUAAAAAAAUCUGUGUCAAGUGUUGUCCUUAAUAGUAAUUUAAAAAUCCAAUGAACUAUAUUUUCUUUACUUAUGUAUGUGUGUAAUGUGUAUGAAUAUAUAUUGUAAUAUAACAUAAUACAUUAUAUUCAUAUUUAUGUACGUACCUACAUUUAGAAUUAACAAGUCAUAGUUAUACAUUUAUAGUAAGUAACAAUAAUGUCUAACUACAUCAAACAGACCAACUUAUUUUAAAUAUCUUAUUUUGUUUUAUACAAUACGUACAUUUAUUUGCACACAUUGUAAAAAAUAUUCAAUGUGACAACUAUUUUAUUUUUAUUUGUUAUACAUAGGCUAAGUUUAAAUUUAAAUAGCUUAGACGAUUAGUUCUUAAGGUUAGGAAAUGUUACGUUUCUUUUCUGCUCUGAGCGCUGUGUAUGGUUAACAGAUGAAUCAAAAACUAAAAAUUUAUUUCAUUCUGAUGUCUCAAACCAAUGUGUUUUUCUUUACUUACCUUUGAGAAAACCAUCCAAUAUGAUAAACAAAUACCUACUCUUUAUGGUGUUCUUGAUAAUACUGUCGAUAAAUCUGAACAUUCUUAUUACUAAUUAUUAUAUACUUGUGUAAUAAAACUGAAUUAUCACUUAACAGAUUAUGAGAAUGAAAGCUUAAUGGUACUCGACUACACAUCUUAUAGAUAAAAAAAUGGGAAAACAAAACAGCAAGUUAAAGCCAGAGGUCUUGGAAGACCUAAGACAAAAUACUGAAUUUUCUGAUGCUGAGAUUCAAGAAUGGUAUAAAGGUUUUUUAAAGGACUGUCCAGGUGGUAAUUUAAGUGUUGAAGAGUUUAAGAAAAUUUAUGGAAAUUUUUUUCCCUACGGUGACGCAUCUAAAUUUGCAGAGCAUGUAUUUCGAACAUUUGAUGCCAACAGUGAUGGAACAAUAGAUUUCAGAGAAUUCCUUUGUGCUCUGUCAGUCACAUCGCGUGGAAAGUUGGAACAGAAAUUGAAAUGGGCAUUCAGCAUGUACGACCUGGAUGGCAAUGGGUUUAUUUCACGACAAGAGAUGUUGGAAAUUGUUACGGCCAUUUAUAAGAUGGUAGGCACCGUAAUGAAGAUGCCUGAGGAUGAAUCGACGCCAGAAAAGAGGACAGAUAAAAUAUUUAGGCAGAUGGACAAGAACAAUGAUGGCCGUCUAUCAUUGGAGGAGUUUAUUGAAGGUGCCAAAAGUGAUCCGUCUAUCGUUCGACUGUUGCAGUGUAACCAUGCCGUCCAGUAGGGCUUACAAAGUGCAUUUCAUUGAAUUUGCCUGCCUUUAACUAAAAUCACAUAAUGUUUGGACUUCUCUUUUUUUUUGUCUUUAACUUUCUUUAAUUUUAAAUCUCUAAUAGAUUAAUUCUUCUACCCAAAAGCUUCAAUCAAAUAUCAAUACGUGUGCUCUAAUUUUUAAUGCUUAUGAAGUUUUACAAAAUAUAAUAUUAAAAUCUGAAAAUUGCAUAGGUACUAUUUCAAUCAAUAAUAAAUUAUAAUUCAUCACAGAUACAUGUGGUGUUAAGAAACACGUGUUGAUGAUUUAAGAUAAAACAAAUUUAUUGUUUUUACUGUGAUAUAAUAUUCUUAAAUUUUUUUCAAUUUUGAUCUAUUUUAUCCAUACAAUGUAUUAUUAUUAUUGUAUUUGUUGGACGAAAAUAUUUUAUUAUCCUAUUAAAGUUUUUUUGUUUUCAUAAUAUUAAUAAUAUUUAAUUGUAAUUUUUGUUUGUAUUAUUUAAAUCUAGAGAUGUGUGAUGAUUUUAAGACCAAACCCCAAGAUGUACAUUUAAAUUUUAUAACUUCGUAAGUAGAAGGUAAUAUUUAUAUUCCUAAUGAGUUUGAUUUUUAUUAAUCAAACUAUUCAACUAUGUGUCAUAUUGUAAAAAAUAAAAGAAUGUAGAAAAAUAUAAAUUCGCACAUCUCUUUAUUUAUUUAUUUACGUUCAUAAUUUUACCACCACAGUGGUAUUUUGAUUUAAUAAUGUAUAAUAAUUGUUAUGUAUUCCCAAAAAUAACAAAAUUCAUAAAACCGACAAAUAUUUUUGUAGGGUUCCUAUAUUUAGUCUUUGUUUACUGUUCUAAUAUUAUCAUAGUAAAUACUGAUGAGUUGCCUAUAACCUAUAUAAUAAUUAAAUAUAUUUUUUUUUUUUUUUAAAUAACUUUUCCCAAAGAUUUGUCAAUUUUUUUUCAUUUAAAAGGGAGUAUAUAUUAACUUAUUGUUAUUUAAGAUUUAAUAGUUUUACUAGUAAUAUUUUUUAAAAAAAACCCCCAAAAGUAAGAGGAUUGUGUUAUUGUUUGAGUUGUUAUUCGUUUCAAAAGUAUAUUUUUUUAACUUGGCUUGAGCCCGACUCUUAGAAAUGUGCCGUUGUAUAUAUACGUGCUCAAAUCUAUUUCCACAUCCUCGGUGCUAUUCAUGUUUAAUAGUUAACCUGUACGUAACACUUAAAAACCCUUCCAUUAUUUUGUUAAUUCUAAACCGCGACUAGCCACAUAUUUAUGUUAGUAUGAUUUAAUUAAUAAUUAUAUAAUUUAAAUAUAUUUUGUAUAUUUUUUCUAAACUAUUGGCUUAUGGUUUUGGUCUAUACAUAUUAUACACUAAUCAUAAUAUGGUAGUUUUAAAUUGUUACAAUGUUAUUCAACUGUAUAAUUUUGUAUCGAAUAAUGUGUUAAAUGUGCAUGAAUAUCUUUAUAUUUAAACAUGUAUACCAAAAACUGAUUAUUUUCCGCCACCAUUAGUAAAAUAAGUAAAAACAAAGAAAAUACAGAGAACCAUCCGACAUAAUAUGCGUCUUUUAACCUAAUAUAAUAUCAUGUCAAACAUUAAAAUUUUACAUAUUUGCUCAAGUGCCAGUCAUGUGUCAAAAUGUCCUCUUCUUUGUACCUCUUACUCUUCCAUUUACCUCUACUCGUUUUCUUGCCAACAAUUGUGCAUCACAUUUUUCACACAUUUUACACACAUAAAUUUGGAUAUAUAAAAUGUAUAGAAGGUUGGGAAAAUUCUAUGAACGGUAUAAUAUGUCUCAAACAUUCUGUUUGUAUACAUAAACGCGGCAUAGAUUAGUUAUUGUAGUACAAAUCUUACAAAUAAUAUGUUUUAGGGUUAUACCAAUAAUAUAUUUUUUUCUUAUUUUGUCCAUAUAUUAUAUAUUAUAUUAUAUUAUAUUAUAUUAUAUUUAUAUCAUAUUAUAUUAUAUUAUAUUAUAUUAUCAGCUGUGUAAAGAAACAUACAAUACAAAAAAAAAAUGUUUAAAUUAUAUAUUUAAUACUUAUACAUAUACAUAUUAUUUAGUUACAAAUAAAUCAAACUGUAUGUGUGUAAAA